GAAGUGCGCAUGCUCACUUGCGCCACUCACAAGAUCACAUUCGACGCUGGCCUAAGAAGCUGAGGAUCGACUUUUGUCACAAGAGGACGGUUUAUAAGAGCUUAUUGCAAAUAAUAAUUACGAUUGCAUAGUAUGAUGCAUCUGGUCACAACUGAAGUUGAUAGGAGACGUAUUUUUUAACUACUUUCGCAGCUGGCGAUGUGGGACCCCUCGUCUUGAGAGUCAUUUUGGGCCUAAACUACGGCUUGAAAUUGUUGUCAGAUCAAAUUUAGCAGAGAGAUCUUUCCAUAGAUCGUAAAAUAUCACGUUCAAGAUGUUGCAGCAAAGACUACAGCAUAUCGUUGUAGGCCUAAGGAAUAGAAAUGAUGAAAUUCGGACGAAAUUCGCACAAGAGCUUCAACAUUUUGUCACCACCGAGCUCAGAGAAGCAUACGCGGAACAGCAAUACCUCCAACUGAUGGACGAUUUGAUACACCAAAUUUCGGUUUUUGUUCAAAGCAGUGAUGCAAAUGAGAAAAAAGCAGGGAUUCUGGCAAUAGUGAGUUUAAUUGGGGUGGAUGGAGGAAAUGCAAACAGAACUUCACGUUUUGCAAAUUAUUUGCGUAAUAUGCUCCCUUGCAAUGAUGUUGGUGUGAUGGUAAUGAGAGCAAAGGCAGUUGGAAAACUUGCGCAAGUUGGUGGAACAUUUUCUGCAGAUUAUGUUGAGUUUGAAGUCAAACGAGCUCUUGAAUGUCUUGCUGGUGAUAGAAAUGAAGGAAGAAGGCAUGAUGCAGUUCUUGUGCUGAAGGAGCUUGCUGUCAAUGCACCUGCUUUCUUCUUUCAACAUGUUCAGUCAUUCUUUGAUAACAUUUUCAGUGCAAUCAGAGAUCCAAAGCCUGCAAUAAGAGAGGGGGCUGUAGAGGCACUUAGAGCUUGUUUCGCAAUUAUCACUCAGAGAGAGACAAAAAAGAACCAUUUUGUUCAUUGGUAUCAGCAAGUAUACGAAGAAGCAAAGCGUGGCUUUGAAGAUACUUCUAGUACAAGAGAGAAAGGGGUCGUAUUGACUAAGGAGGACAAAGCUCAUGGCUCAUUGUUGGUUAUACAAGAACUUGUGCGCAAUGGCUGUAGCGAAGGAGAGCGACUCAGACAGCAAAUGGAAGAGAUAUACAGUGAUAAUCCUGUACGAAAUACCACUGGUCCUGAAAUUUCAUGGUCCUCAAAGAGCGGAAAGUUUCUUUCCCAAGGAAGCCAACAUCAGCGAUCAUUGCUGCCUUUAUGGAACAAUCCCGCACACAACAUGCCGCAUUCCCACAGCCGGUACUGCAAGGAAUUCAUGGAUGAAAAGUUCGUCGAGGUAUCGACACUCGUCAUGAAACACAGAGCUUCGAGAAACAUCCUUGUCCAACAAACGCUACUGACACUACUCCCACAACUGGCUGCAUUCAAGCCAAGCACUUACGUCAAAUUGCAUCUUAGCGAUACAAUCAUUUAUAUGAAUCAAUGUCUGAGUCGAAAGGAAAAAGAAAGAUCUGCUGCCUUCGAAGCCAUCGGUUUACUUGCUGUUGCUGUCAAAAGUGACAUUAUUAGAUUUUGGAGGAAAUGGAAAAAUGUUUUGGAGCAUAUCAAAAACUCGUUGCCGAGCAAAGAUUUAGGACACAAACGCAAGCCUGCCUCCGUCGACCCAAUGAUAUUUGCUUGUGUCAGCAUGAUUGCCAGAGCUGUUGGACAAAAAAUGGCGACAAAAGACUCUAUUUUCAAAGAAAUCAUCGAUCAAAUGCUGGGUGUUGGUUUAAGUCCUGCUCUUACCGCAUGUCUCAGAGAUCUUGCUGGUCUCAUACCAACAUCAAAGAAACAUAUUCAAGAUGGGCUUCUAAAUAUUCUGUCAAACAUUUUGAUGCAUGUUCCUCUGCGUCACCCUGGAAUGCCAAAGAAUACUGCACCGACUCCGACGCCGUCGAGCUCCUCUCACUUCAGUUUUUCUGACGAUGACAUCACCAUGACAACUUUAGCCCUAAGGACACUCGGGACAUUUGAUUUUGAAGGACACACCCUGACAAAGUUUGUCACGCAUUGUGCCGACAAUUUUCUAUCCAGUGAACACAAGGAAAUCCGAAUGGAGGCCGUGAGAACCUGUUCAUGCUUGCUAACUCCAACGCCACAUCCAAUGGUCGUGCCAAGCAAAAAUGUGCAUCAGUAUCCGCUAAGUGCUGCUAGUACCCAAGUGGUCUCCGAGGUGUUAAGCAAGCUUUUGACAGUAGGAAUCACAGAUCCCGAUCCAGAUAUCAGAUACUGCGUUCUUGCUUCUUUGGAUGAAAGGUUCGAUGCACAUCUUGCUCAGGCUGAGAACCUUCAGGCCUUGUUUGUGGCUUUGAAUGACGAAGAAUUUACAAUAAGAGAGCUUGCUCUUAGCUCCAUCGGGAGACUUAGCAGCUACAAUCCAGCGUACAUCCUUCCCUCCUUGAGAAAGACUUUGAUUCAGCUUUUAACCGAACUUGAGUACAGUGGCAUUGGACGAAAUAAAGAACAAAGUGCGCGGAUGUUAGGCCACCUUGUAACAAAUGCCCCAAGACUUAUCAAGCCGUACAUGGAACCCAUUCUCCGGGCCUUGAUUCCAAAGCUGAAGGAUCAAGAUCCAAAUCCUGGUGUGGUUACCAGUGUUUUGCAGACUAUUGGAGAUUUAGCCCAGGUUAGCGGAUGUGAGAUGAGAAAGUAUGUUGACGAACUGUUCACGGUGAUAAUUGAAAUGCUGCAAGAUGCAUCAUCAUUAGUCAAAAGAGAGGUAGCACUUUGGACAUUUGGUCAACUGGUUGAAAGCACCGGAUAUGUCAUAGAACCGUACAGAAAAUACCCAAAUUUGCUUGAAGUUCUUUUGAAUUUCCUGAAAAAUGAGCAAUCUCCUGGAAUUCGAAAAGAGGCCAUACGAGUUCUUGGGUUGCUUGGGGCACUCGAUCCCUACAAGUAUAAGCAGAUUCAAACCGGAAGUAUUGUUGACUCAUCAUCAACUCCAAUCAGCUCGCCCAUUGGAAAAUCGGCCGAUGCAAGUGACCAAGGUGAAACAAGCACAAGUGAAAUGUUGGUUGCCCUGGGAACAGCUCAGUUAGACGAGUUCUAUCCAGCAGUAGCGAUUGGAGCACUGAUGAGGAUAAUGAGAGACCCCGCCCUCAGCACCCAUCACAACACUGUGAUACAGGCCGUACAGUUUAUCUUCAACAGCCUCGGUAUGAAAGGUGUUCAGUAUCUGCCACAGCUUAUGCCUUCAUACUUGAACGUAAUUCGAACUUGUGACACAAUUUUCAGAGAGUACAUGUUGCAGCAGUUGGGUAAGAUGAUUUUCGUUGUGAGGCAGCAUAUCCGCAACUACUUGGAUGAAAUUGCAGCCCUUAUCAAAGAGUAUUGGACUGUCAACAGUCCUGUGUCAUUGCAAAGUACUAUAAUUUUGUUGGUUGAACAAUUGGCGGUGGCGUUGGGUGGAGAGUUCAAACUUUAUCUUCCACAAAUUGUGCCGCAAAUGUUGAAGGUGUUCGUGCAUGACAACAGCCCCAAACGAGUGGUUACUGGCAAGCUGCUAAAGGCCAUCCAGAAGUUUGGGCCUAGCUUUGAUGACUACCUUCACCUUUUGAUUCCGCCUGUGGUAGUGUUAUUCGAUUCAGUUGAUACACCCUUGCAAGUUCGAGAGGCUGCUCUUCAGACAUUAGAGAAGCUUUGUGACUCGGUAGACCUUCGAGAAUUUUCAUCACGUAUAAUCCACCCGCUGGUCCGCGUAUUAGACACUGUGCCUGAAUUACGAUCAAUUGCAAUGAACGCACUGGCAGCUUUAGUGAUGCAGCUUGGAAGAAAAUACGGAAUAUUCAUCCCGACAGUCAGUAAGGUUCUCGACAAGCACAAAAUUCAGCAUCAGAGAUACGAUUGCAUGGUGGCCAAGAUCCAAAAAGGCAGCAUUUCGCUCGACUAUGAAACGGAUCCUCUGCUACGUCACAAAAGCGCCAAAGCAGCGGCUGCGGAUGAUUCUUCAACUCAAAACCAAAGUGAAUCCGUCAGACGUUUGCCCAUGAGCGCUAAUACUCUGCAAAGGGCUUGGGUGGCAGCUCGCCGUGUUUCUCGUGACGAUUGGACUGAGUGGCUUCGUAGAUUGAGUGUCGAGUUGCUUAAAGAAUCGCCGUCUCCAAUCUUGCGAUCUUGUCAAGUGCUGGCUCAGGAAUAUAACCCUUUAGCAAGGGAUCUUUUCAAUGCAGCUUUUGUAUCAUGUUGGUCAGAGUUGCAAGAAGAUCAGCAGGAUGAGCUUGUCGGAAGUUUGGAACAGGCCCUCAAGUCGCAAAAUAUCCCAGAAAUCACCCAAACGCUGCUCAACUUAGCAGAGUUUAUGGAACAUUGUGACAUCAAGGGAUCCUUUACACUGAAUAUAGAAUUGCUUGGUCAAUGUGCCACAAAAUGUCGUGCAUAUGCCAAGGCUCUUCAUUACAAAGAAGAAGAAUUCAUCACGAAGGAAGCCACCACCGACACCCUGGAAUCUUUGAUCAGCAUCAAUAACAAACUACAAAAUCCAGAAGCUGCACACGGCGUUUUGGUGUAUGCCAUGAAAAAUGCUAAGAUUGAUCUGAAAGUUCAGCAAAGAUGGUAUGAGAAACUGCACGACUGGGAAAAUGCCUUGAAUGCAUACGAAAAGAAAUACCAGCAAGAUCCGAAUGACAGCGAUCUUUUGUUAGGAAGAAUGAGAUGCUUGGAAGCUCUUGGCGAAUGGGGUGAGCUGCACAAAGUAGCAUGUGAAACAUGGCCUAACGUGAGUGAUGACACACGACAACAUAUGGCUCGUAUGGCUGCAGCCGCUGCCUGGGGUUUAGGUGAAUGGAAGAGUAUGGAAGAGUACACAUGCAUGAUACAAAGAGAAACACUUGAUGGGGCGUUCUAUAGGGCUGUUUUUGCACUGCACCAAAGCAACUUCACACGAGCAUCUAGCUGCAUCGACAGUGCCAGAGACCUGCUCGACACAGAGCUUACAGCCAUGGUCGGGGAAUCUUAUAACAGAGCUUACGGGGCGAUGGUUACCGUGCAAAUGUUAUCCGAGCUUGAGGAAAUAAUUCAAUACAAAUUGAUGCCAGAAAGAAGAGAGGCGAUAAAACAGGCCUGGUGGUUCCGUUUGCAGGGUUGCCAGCCAGUUGUCGAAGAUUGGCAAAAGAUUAUUCAAGUUCGCUCUUUGGUUCUUGAACCACAAGAGGACAUGCAGACUUGGCUCAAGUAUGCAAGUCUCUGCCGGAAAAGUAAAAGAUUGGCCCUUUCCCACAAAACGCUCGUCAUGCUGCUUGGUGUUGACCCAAGUAAAAGCCCGGACAUGCCGAUACCCGCCACAUACCCAGAAGUGACAUUUGCAUACAUCAAGCACAUGUGGAAAAAUGAUGAAAAGCAAGAAGCAUUUCAAAAACUGACUCACUUUGUCAAUUCGACACUCCAACAACAUACAAUGCACGCAAUUUCUCCCGACGAGAGAGACCAAGAACAAAGACAAGCUUUGCUUAAACUUCAAGCACGUUGUUACCUGAAAAUGGGUAACUGGAUGGUUGCACUUGAAGGCAUCAACAGUCGAACAAUACCCCUCAUAAUGCAGUAUCAUGGCAAAGCAACUGAAAGUGACAGGAAUUGGUACAAAGCCUGCCAUUAUUGGGCUUUGAUGAAUUACGAAGCUGUUCUGUACUACAAGCAUCGCAGUUCCACAACCGAUCUUAACCAAGCUGCUCAGGCGCAACCAGGUUCUCCAAAAGGAAGCUUGACUGCACCUGAAGUGGCCCAUUCGUACACUGUCCCAGCUGUACAUGGUUUCUUCAGAUCAAUUGCCCUUUCCAGUGGCAACUCGUUACAAGAUACACUAAGGUUGCUGACUUUAUGGUUUGAUUACGGCAACAGCCCAGAGGUCUACGAGGCAUUGGUUGAAGGGAUCAAAACUAUUCAGAUAGAUAACUGGUUGCAGGUCAUCCCGCAACUAAUUGCUCGCAUUGACACCCCAAGACAGUUAGUUGGCAGGCUGAUUCACCAGCUUCUAUCUGAUAUUGGGAAGCACCAUCCACAGGCUCUGAUAUAUCCUUUAGCAGUAGCCUCGAAAUCUGCAAGUAUUGCCAGACACAACGCUGCUAACCAGAUACUCAAAAACAUGUGCGAACAUAGUCAGAUUCUCGUCCAGCAAGCUAUGAUGGUGAGUGAAGAACUGAUUCGUGUUGCCAUUCUUUGGCAUGAGCUUUGGCAUGAAGGUCUUGAGGAGGCAUCUAGAUUGUAUUUUGGUGAGAGGAAUGUCAAGGGGAUGUUUGCAGUUCUGGACCCUCUGCAUCAAAUGAUGGAGCGUGGAGCGCAAACAUUAAAUGAAACGUCAUUUCAGCAGGCAUAUGGAAGGGAACUAAUGGAAGCCCAAGACUGGUGCAGAAAAUAUCAGAGAUCUGGAAAUACAAAAGAUUUAACACAAGCCUGGGAUCUAUAUUAUCACGUGUUCAGGAGAAUAUCGAAACAGCUUCCUCAGCUGACAUCCUUGGAAUUGCAAUAUGUCUCUCCGAAGCUGUUGACUUGCAGUGACCUGGAGCUGGCUGUUCCUGGCACUUACGAGCCUCAUAGACCAAUUGUUCAAAUCAAGCAAGUCAGUACGACUUUGAAUGUGAUUACGUCAAAGCAAAGACCAAGGAAACUAAGUAUCACUGGAAGUAACGAUCAGGAGUAUAUGUUCCUACUGAAGGGUCAUGAAGACUUGAGACAGGACGAGCGUGUUAUGCAGCUGUUCGGUCUUGUCAAUACUCUACUUGCAGCAGAUACAGAAACAUUCAAAAGACAUCUUGGAAUCCAAAGAUAUGCCGUGGUUCCCUUGUCCACCAACUCUGGCCUAAUUGGAUGGGUGCCUCAUUGUGAUACUUUGCACACACUGAUACGAGAUUACCGGGAAAAGAAGAAAAUACUGCUCAACAUAGAGCAUCGGAUUAUGCUAAGGAUGGCCCCAGGCUAUGACCACUUGACCUUGAUGCAGAAAGUUGAAGUUUUCGAGCAUGCUCUUGGUAACACAAGUGGCGAUGAUCUAGCUAAAGUUCUUUGGCUCAAAAGUCCAAGCUCAGAAGUAUGGUUUGAUCGUCGCACAAACUACACAAGAUCAUUGGCCGUGAUGUCAAUGGUUGGUUAUAUCCUUGGACUUGGUGACAGGCACCCUUCAAAUCUCAUGCUGGAUAGAAUGUCUGGCAAGAUUCUACACAUUGACUUUGGUGACUGUUUUGAGGUUGCAAUGACCCGGGAGAAGUUCCCAGAAAAAAUACCUUUCCGGCUGACCAGGAUGCUAACUAAUGCAAUGGAGGUGACUGGAAUCGACGGAAAUUAUCGCCUCACGUGCGAGAGUGUCAUGAAGGUCUUGCGAGAAAACAAAGACAGUGUCAUGGCUGUGCUGGAGGCAUUUGUCUACGAUCCAUUAUUGAACUGGAGACUUAUGGACACACCAAAAGGAAAGCGAUCUAAAGGAAGAUCGGAAUCUUAUUCUUCUCACAGUGAAACUAACGAUAUAUUGGAAAGCUUUGAAAUGACAAGGGAUCGGCCUCGGAAGCAACAGAAGGAAGUUAAUUCGGACCAGCCACGUGUUUCGGAUGACGAUGACAACACUAAGCCAGAAGCUCUUAACAAGAAAGCCCUUCAGAUUGUCAAACGGGUUAAAGAUAAAUUGACAGGUUGUGAUUUCAGCAGUGAUGGCUCAAUCGAUGUAAAGCCUCAAGUGGAUUUGCUGAUUAAACAAGCCACGUCACAUGAGAAUCUCUGCCAGUGCUACAUCGGAUGGUGUCCAUUUUGGUAGAUUAGCCUUCGUAAAAGGCUGGAUGAAUAAUUCACAAGGAGAACAUCAAAUCUGUUAUUUUGUAAUUAUCUUUUCCAGUGUAGAAUUUAUAGCCCUUGGUAUUGAAUUAUUGAAUAUGGUGAAAUCUGAUUAAUUUUCUUUCCAAAUUUAAUCCCAGUACUUGAUCAUAUUUCCUUCGCUUCUCAUCAAAAUUUUUCAUUCCAUCAAAUAAUAAAUUUGUAAUCCAAUACAAUGAUUAGGUUGUUGAAGUCUGAUGUUAAUAUUAUGGCGUGAUUAUUAUUGCGCACUGAAGAUUUUUGUUUAUAAAAGAGAGCUGGUAAAGAUACAGUUAUAAUUCAUUCCAGAUGUUAUAUCAGAUAAUCUCUUGUAAUACUACAAAUUCUUAGUCUAGAGCUAUGCUAUAGAUAGUUAAAUUGAAAUUACCAGGAUUUUUACACAAAUUGCUAUAAACCCUGGAAAUUGUAUACGCAAUUGUAUACGCGUCUCUAUCAUUGAAAAUUAUGAUGAUGAUUUUCUUCAUUUUAUAUUUUCAUGCAAUUUGUCUAGGACGUUAUUUUCAUGAAUAAACAUUUAAGUCAAAGAUCAUACAAAUACUUACAUUUUGAAAGGCAAGAGCCCUGUUAACCUGGUUUCGCCCUAGGUGCGUUUCAGUUGAAACUGUCGAUUUGUAGUGUAAAUUUGAAUCAAGGGCGAAGCAGGGUUAGUUUGAUAACGACGCAUGCGUAACACACACAAAAUUAAAGGUGAGGAUAGACAAAAUGGCGGCGAUCAACGUGUUAUUGUUUGUGAACUUUACAGAAUACAAUAAAUUGACUUUAAAACAAUUAUUCCGAGCGCGGCUUCGUACAAUGAGAAAACUUUGCAUUCGCGCUUUGCUUUGUUUUGCAUUCAGCGCCAUUUCUGUCAUUACGCAUGCGUCCUGAAGAAACUAACCUAGGUUCGCCCCAGGUUUGCGUUUACACCACACUUUAUCAAAACUAACCCAGGUUCGACCUAGGGCGAACCCACCUUUCCAGACGGGUUAACUUAACCUCGUGCGAACCUGGGUUAGUUGUCAUUUUUUGUGAUUUUUAGAACCCGUGAGUAUUUUGAAUUAGUUACGUAUUGUGACUAAAUGGUUGAUUUGCUUGAGUUGGCUAUCUUAUAUUUGUCCUACCGCCAACCUGAAGUUAUAGCCUAUACUGAUUUUAUAUACUGAUUUGAUGUCAAAAAAUGCUAUGGCCAGCCUUGUAUCACUGGAAGUAAGUCUCGCUUCUUACAUUAAUGACGUCAUUAGUUGUGAAUUUGUUGUUUGAUGAUAACAAUAAGUUUCGAUUCAGUUUCAA